CCUUCUUCUUCCUUUCUUCUCUCUCUCUGUUUUCCCUCGCUAUUUUUCUUUCUUUCAUUCUUAGCAGAGUGUGUGUAUGUGUGUUAGGAGAAGGUUAGGGUUUAGAAAAAGGGUAAAGGGUAGUUUAGGCAUUUUGAUGAAAUUAGAGAAUAUAUGUGAAAUGUUUCAAAAAACUUGAGAUGUUACAAGUUUACUAUCUUACAAACUUGCUAACGGAUUUAAAUUCAUAAUCUUGUUAGAUUUGACGUCCUAUUGAUCCAAACCGUUUGUUUUCUUAUCAUGGAGCUCAAUAAUUCUAAAGUAGUCCCAGUGAAAGCUGGCAAGCAUUUGCGCACUUUUUCACUUAUAUUUUGACUCUCCACUCAUUGCUUGCAACCACUUCCUUCAAACACUACAUUUUACUUUCAUCUUUUUCCUUCGGCAGUUGAGAGAGAUGGCUGAACAAAUCCCCUAUGGUGUUGCCACUUCACUCAUCAACAAGAUUGCUUCACUUGCCUUUCGUGAAAUCGGGAGGAUCUAUGGAGUCAUGGAUGACUUGGAGAAGCUGAAGGACACUUUGGAAUCCAUCAGACUCGUGCUUUCUGAUGCUGAGCUCAAACAAGGCCAGAAUGCUACUGUUGCCCACUGGAUCAAAAGGUUCAAACAAGUGCUCUAUGAUGCUGAUGACUUGCUUGAUGACGUCUUCAUUAAAGACUUGCGCCCCCAAAGAAUGAGUCAGGUGCGUGGCUUCUUUUCCAAAUCUGCGAAUCCAAUUCUUUUCCGUGCUAAGUUAGCUCGUAAGAUUGAGAAUAUUCGAAAGGAGUUUAAUAAUGUUGCUCAAGAUAUGUCUAUAUUGAACCUGAAUCCAAGUUCGGUAAUUCUUAAGCAAGACGAGUGUGCGUGGAGGGAAACAAGUUCUUCCGUUUUGCAAUCAGAGAUAAUUGGAAGGGAAGAGAAUAAGAAUGACAUUGUUAACCUGCUGAAGCAAACCCAUCCAAACCAAAAUGUUUCUUUAAUUGUUGUUGUUGGUAUGGGGGGUUUAGGCAAGACAGCCCUUGCUCAGCUCGUUUAUAAUGCUGCUAAAGACCAGAACCUCUUUCAGAAAUACAUGUGGGUGUGUGUUUCAGAAGAUUUCGAGGUGAAAACUGUCUUGAAGAAGAUGCUGGAGUCCUUGAGGAAGGACGCUGGUGGUGACUCAUUAGAGGCCCUACAUCAAAAGUUGCGAGAAGAAUUGAAUGGGCAAAAUUAUAUGCUCGUGCUCGAUGACGUGUGGAAUGAAGAUCAUUUAAAGUGGGGUGAUUUAAGAACUCAUUUGAUGUGUGGAGGUCAAGGCAGUAAGCUAUUAGUAACGACUCGUAGCACAUUGGUUUCUCAGGCAAUGGGUAUUGACGAGCCCUAUGUUUUGAGAGGUUUGACAGAUGAGCAAUCAUGGACAUUGCUAAAGAACCUGACAUUUGGUGAAGAUAGCAGCAGGAUGAGCUCUGAAUUGCAGACAAUCGGAGAGGAAGUUGCAAAGAAGUGUAAAGGAGUGCCAUUGGCGAUCAAAACAAUAGGAGGCUUCUUACGGAUAAGGGUUGAAGAAAUUGAUCAAUGGUCAAGUCUUUUGCAUGGUGCUAUUUGGAGGUUAUGUGAAGAAGAGAAGAGUAUCAUGCCUGUGCUAAAUUUGAGUUACCGAAAUUUGGGUCCUGAACUAAGACAAUGUUUUGCUUAUUGUUGUCUAUAUCCAAAGGAUUCAGUAAUCCAAAAGAAUGAAUUGAUUCAAUUGUGGAUGGCUCAAGGUUAUCUUGCAAGUUCAAUUGAAACACAAUCUAUGCAAGAUGUAGGUAAUCAAUAUGUCAACAUUUUGUUAAUGAGAUCAUUUUUUCAGGAUGCAUCAACAGAUAAAUGUGGCGGUAUUGAGUCCUUCAAAAUGCAUGAUUUGAUGCAUGAUCUUGCAACAUUGGUAGCUGGAAAUGACUGUUACUUACAUACCGAGGGAAAAGCAAUUGUUGGAAGACCCAUGCAUGUGGCAUUUGAAACUAGCACCGAUUGUUCAUUGGAUGUGUUUGAUGUUUACAAAUUACGGACAAUCAUCCGUUGCAAGAUUGCCACCAAUUUAGUGGGCAAACUGUCUUUUAUGGAAAAACUAAAGUGUCUUCGUGCUUUGAAUUUGUCAUUUUAUUCUAUCACUCAGCUGCCAAAGUCCAUUGAUAAAGUCAAACAUUUAAGAUAUCUUGAUCUUUCAUACUCCAGAAACCUAAGUUUGCCUGAAUCAAUGGGCAAUCUUGUUUGUUUACAAACAUUAAAAUUAAAAGUCUGUGAAUCUUUAGUUAGUUUGCCUGAAUCGAUUGGCAAUCUUAUUUGUUUACAAACAUUAAAAUUAGAACGUUGUAGAUCUUUAGUUAGUUUGCCAGAGUCGAUUGGCAAUCUUAAUUGUUUACAAUCAUUGGAAUUAAAUGAUUGUUGGAGUCUUGUUUUUCCUACAAAAAUAAUUACAAAAUUGAUCAAUUUGAAGAAGCUUGACAUUGAAUGUUGUAAAGCCUUUGAAGACGGCAUGCCAGUAGGAUUGGGGAAAUUGAUUUCAUUGCAAUCCUUACCAAGUUUUGUAGUAGGAAAUAGCGAAAAGGAUACAAGUGGCAAAUUGAAUGAAUUGAAAGAGCUUGUUGACCUCAGAGGCAAAUUGACCAUUAGUAAAUUGGGUUUGGUAAAGGACGCGGCAUUGGAAUCUCAGGAGACAAAUAUGAGAUCAAAGAAACACAUUCAAUACCUUUCUCUGUUAUGGGGGCGAAGCUCUGAUUCCACUGAACAUGAAAUAAAAAGUAGUGAGAGCUUGAUGUUAUUGGAUAGUCUUUGUCCUCAUCAGAAUCUGAGAUCACUACAUGUGAAUGGCUUUCCAGGAGCAAGGUUUUCAGAUUGGCUUAUCUCGCUAACUAAUAUUGCUCAUAUAUCUCUUGACAAUCUUCCCAAUUGCAAACAUCUCCCACCUUUGGAAACACUGCCUUGUCUUCGUGAGCUGGACAUUCGUAAUAUGAGAUCGCUGGAGUGGAUGGAUUAUUAUGAAAAUAUUGGCGAUGUGUUCUUCCCAUCUUUGGAGCAACUCUGGUUCCGCUCCUGUGAGAAUCUGAGGGGAUGGGAGAAGAAUGCAAAUGAGACUCAAAACCAUCUUUCUCUCCCUCCUUUUCCCCGUCUCUCUUAUCUUCAAAUUCAUGAUUGUCCAAAGUUGACCUGCAUGCCUUCUUUCCCACACCUCGUAUGGCAGUUGAUGUUAAAAAGCUGUAGCGUGAAGCCCAUGUUAGAAACAUGUAUGGUCAGGCAUCAGUCUUCAUCCAUCUCUCCUCUCUCUGCUCUCAACAGCUUGCAGCUUUCGGAAGUUACAGGGAUAGAAGCAAUGGCAAAUGACUGGAUGAAAAACCUCACAUCGCUCCAGAGUCUCCAACUUGGUGGAUCGCCAGCCAUUCAGAUUCUGUCACGACACUUGCAAUAUCUUCCUUCUCAACUUCAGCAGUUGCAGAUAAGUUUCGAUGAUGACAAGCUUGACCUCUGGAAACACACACAAGGUAGCUGUCCUCCUCACGCGCUCUCUUCUCUGCAGAAAAUCUCCUUCUUUGGUUGUCUGAACAUGAAGGCUUUACCAGAGCAGAUCGGCGACCUCCAAUCUCUGAGGCAUAUUGAGAUUACAUUCUGCUUUAAAUUAGAGUCAUUGGAUGAAGCUGAGCGUUGCCUUACCAACAUACACACACUAUUCAUCAAUCAUUGUCCACUCCUGGCGCGCAGAUAUAACGCUGAAAGUGGAGAAGAUUGGCCCAAGAUUGCUCAUAUCCCAGACAUACACGUAGACGGUGUUAGAGAUUGAUCCCCCAAAAGUCCUGUCUUUUCUACAGGAUGAAGUAUAUGCCGGAUUCCAAAGAACACCACUGUUGGCAUCACCUCUCUUAAUUUAUUUGGGGCUCCCUUCCAAUCUUUGCAAUAUUUGCAAGAAAGAAAAAGUUCUUGAUCUCCAAGAAAUUUUAACAUUCCUCAAAAUUUUUUGGAGGUCCAGAAUCUCUAGCAGCAGUGGUCCCUAAAUGCAUGAUUAAUGGCCUUUGCAAGUUUCAUACAAAAAUUGCUCUUGUUCUGGGUUAUUCAUCUGUACCAUGAUUCCUGGCAGUUGGAACCUUCUCCGUUCUAUUUAGAUUGAACUGAGGCAGGCAACUAAAUGAAAAAAAAUCAAGACGAAAAGUAGCAUUGUGGAUGAUUGCUAUCAAGGAUGGAUGAAUUCUUUUGGAGAAGGCAAGGUGGAGCGCUUUGUAAUGUAUAGUGUCUGGUAACCAAAAAACCAGAGUUUGAUCAAAUUGAUCACUCGUAGCUUAAUGCUUUUCCAUUUCUUAAUUGUAUCUUAUCCCAGAAUUAGUAGUAGUUAAUGAUGUCUGUUAUUUCCUUCAUAGCGUAGUUCUCAGUCCGUUACAUUUGCUGACAGAAUGUUAUAUUAGGAUUUUUACAAUUCUUUUGUGAAUU